AUCUCUCUCUCUCUCACCCCAUUCUUCGCUUCCAUUUCAAUCCUGGUUUAUCUCUCCGUUUCUCUCUCUCUCUCUCUCUCUCUCUCUGUUUCUCUCUCUCUAUAUCUUCCCCUCUCUUUGCGUUUCUCUCGCUAUAUCUUCCUCUCUCUCUCUCUCUAGCCCUGGUCCUCUGAAAACUUCUCUGAAAAACGCCAGGCAUUGGUUUCGAUUCGAGAAGGUUCGGAGGGUGGUUGUUGAGACGGUUUGCGUUUUCGGCAUAAUCGUCAUUCGAAAGCGGGGUAGGGUUAGUUUUUCCUCUUCUCUCUGUCUCUCUCUCUGUCCCUUAUUGGAAGCCGCUCUUUGUCGCUUUCCCUCUCUAGAAUUUUCCUGUGUUGACGAUAAUUUUUUUUCCCGCUGUUCAAACCCUAGGUUUGAGAACUAGGGUUUCUAUAUUGGCGGAGUUUUUUGGGAGUCUACAAUCGGGAUUGUUGUUAUUAUUAUUUUUUAUUAAUCCUGGCCUAGGGUUUUUAAUCUGAACUGGUUUUAUGGGCGUGAAUUGUUGUUGGUGUUCGAGAAUAUUGGUUUUCCCUUUGGACAUAUCGUCGUAGUUUGAGGAAAUUGAUUUGCGCUAUCUAACUUGGAGGAGAUGAUGGGGUAUUGAGUUUGUUGAUAUAUUUCUGCAAAUCCAUCUUUCUUUGACGAUGGAGGUGUAGUUUGAUUAUUUUUCUUUUGUUUUUAUGUCCAAGAAUCGUUGCAUAGUCAGAGGAAAAAGAUUUAGUUCCGAGAGAGAAGUAUCGGCCAGUGGGUUUGGAACUGCUAAUUGAUUUAUUGGGCACUGAUUUGAAUACAAGUUGGUCUUUUGGGAUAAGAAAAACUUGGGUUGAGAGGUUUCUUUCUUUUUUUCUUUUCUUUUUGUCCCCUGAAGGAUAGCAAAUUUCAUCACUUGGUUAGCAACUGGUUAACAUUUUGUGCUUUAUUGAAUUUGGUUCGUGGAGUGAGUUGCUAGUUGGGAGUGGUUGUGAGGAAAGGUUGAUUUGGUAAUUCUUUGUCAAAGGUUAACAAUUUUGAAAAGAAAAGGGUGGAGGUUGUGAAAAAGGCGAGAAGUGUCCUUGUUGUAGUAUCUGAUCAUGUUCAGUGCUCCUUAUGGAAAGAAGUGAACCAACGUUAGUUCCGCAAUGGUUGAGAAGUGCUGGAAGUGUUACUGGGGGUGGCAAUUCAGCCCCCCAUUUUGCCUCAUCUUCUUCUCACUCAGAUGUUUCUUUGGCUCCUAAUGCAAGAAAUAGGGCUUCAAAGAGCAUAAGUGAAUUUGAAACACCUCGUUCUGCAUUCCUUGACCGAUCUUCCUCAUCUAAUUCACGGAGGGGUUCAAGUAAUGGUUCUGCUAAGCACGCCUAUAGUAGUUUUAACAGAAAUCACCGUGAUAAGGACCGUGAAAAAGACAGAGACAGAUUUGGGGAUCAUUGGGAUAGGGAUAGUUCUGACCCCUUAGGAAACAUAUUUCCCAGUAGGGUUGAGAAGGACACACUGCGGCGUUCUCAGUCUUUGGUGUCGAGGAAACAAGGUGAACUGGUGUCUCGAAGAGCUAAUGUUGACUUGAAAACCUCUAGCAACAGUAAUCACAACAAUGGAAAUGGCUUGCUUUCUGUGAGUAUUGGUGCUGGCAUUCAAAAGGCUUCUUUUGAAAAGGACUUUCCGUCACUCGGAGCUGAAGAAAGGCAAGGUGGGCCUGAGAUUGGAAGAGUUCCGUCUCCUGGUUUUACUACGGCUGUACAGAGUUUGCCUGUUGGUAGUUCAGCUUUGGUUGGUGGAGAGGGAUGGACAUCAGCACUUGCAGAAGUGCCUUCACUAAUGGGAAGCAGUAGCUCAGGUUCCCUUUCUUCUGCUCAGCAAACUGCUGCGCCUACUUCUGGGUCUGCCACUCCAACUGCAAUGGCUGGUCUUAAUAUGGCUGAAGCUUUGGCACAAGCUCCUUCACGAGCUCGUACUGCACCUCAGGUAUCUGUCAAGACACAAAGGCUUGAGGAAUUGGCUAUCAAGCAAUCGAGGCAAUUAAUACCAGUGACACCUUCAAUGCCUAAAGCCUCAGUUCUUAAUUCUGAAAAAUCGAAGCCCAAAACAGGUGCCAGAUCUGGUGAGAUGAAUGUGGGUACCAAGACUGUGCAGCAGCAGCCGUCAUCAUUGCAAAAUGUUAACCAAUACCUUCGGAGUGGAAAUGUUAAGUCUGAUACUCCAAAGACAUCUCAUGGGAAGUACCUCGUUCUCAAACCAGUAUGGGAAAAUGGUGUCACUCCUCCUUCAAAAGAUGUCACUAGCCCAACAAAUAGUUCCACCAGCAGAGCAUCAAGCACUCAGCUUGCUGUUGCCCCUCCAGUCGUAUCUGCUCCUUCUAGGAGCCCCAACAGUCAGAAAGUUUCCUCUCUGGAUUUGAAAUCAGGAUCUACCUUGGAAAAGAGACCUUCCUUGUCUCAGGUCCAGAGCCGGAAUGAUUUUUUUAAUCUCAUUAAGAAGAAAACCUCAGUGAACCCCUCUGCUACUCUCCCAGAGUCGGGCCCUAAUAUUUCAUCUCCUACCAGUGAGAAAUCAGGUGAAGGCAAUAGGGAGGUAUGCAGUGCUCCUGCAAGUCCCCAUCCCGUUGGCGCUGAAGUGAAUGGCAAUGGUGAGAACUGUAAAGAAAUCCAGAGGUUUUCUGACAACGGGGAGGAUGAAUGCCCUCCCAGUUCAGAUAUUUAUCUGGAUGAGGAAGAAGCUAAAUUCCUUAAAUCACUUGGAUGGGAUGAAAAUGCUGGUGAGGAUGAAGGUCUUACCGAAGAGGAGAUAAAUGCAUUUUAUGAGGAGUGCAUGAAAACGAAGCCACCGUUGAAACUAUGCCGCGGUUUGCAGCAAAAGCUUUCGAUGCUGUCUAAAUCUCAUGUGACUAACCCGGGUGAAGCGUCGUCCGAAUUGAGUUCAUCUGACUCUGGAUCUGAUGCAUGAAUUACUUUUCUCCUUACACAAUUAGAUCCAAGAAAGUUCCAAUUUUUUGAAAGCAGAUGGUAGUUUUCUUUUCUUCUUCUUUUGUUUCGAAAAAAGAAAAGCUGAUGAUGAGUUGGGGUAUGAAAGAAGAGGGGUGGGUUUUGGUCGGAACUCUGUAUUCUGCAAAUAGUGCAAUAAGUUACAGGUGCCCCCAAUCCUACCUCCCAAAAACGGGGUUUUUUUUUUCCUUUUUUUCUUUUUAGGUUCCAAAGUUGUUAGGGAGAAGGGUAGGGUAGGGGCUGGUUUUGUCUGCAGUGAAAGGUGCUGAGAAAUUGCGUCAAUUGGGUGUAUUUUGGGUCCUUUUCCUUUUUUUCAUUUCUUCUUUUUCUCUUCUUUCAGGAGGGUUUG